AUGAGUGACGUCGGGCUAUAUAAAUAAUCGCGCGUGUCGUCCUGACCUUCGGCGCUGCUCUUGGAGGGCGGACCUGUUCUGACGUGUUUGAAAAGCGACGCGUACAAUCUCCUUCCGGCUUGCAGCUAAUAUCGGGAGCCGGCCUCAAUCGGUGUUGGGUGUCCCGCAACAGCGCCGCCAGCGCACAGCUGCUGUACGCAACUGCCCGUUUCCGCACGGCGCGAUAUGGACGGUAAGGAGAUUGCACGCGAAGAACGCCAUCACCGAGAAUGGCUCGGAGGCGAGGAGACACCCGUGGACGGCGUCGCUCAGGAGUCCCUCGAUGAACUCAGAAGACUCCUGAAAGAUGAGCCUGAGCUUGAGGCCCCGACCGACUCUGCGGACUUGCUGCGUUUCCUGCGACUACGCAAGUAUGACGUUGACGCGUCGUUGGAAUCGCUGAGAAAGUACUGCGCGAUCCGCGCUUCCUCUCCGAGGAUAUUUGAAGGCCUCAAAGAUCCGGAGAAGUUGCGCAAGCUGACGAGAGAUUACAUCACGGUUCUGCCGCAAAGGAAUGUCCACGGAAGGCCCGUGGUAUUCUACAAAAUUGGCAGCUGGCAACCGUCCAAGGCCAGCCACUUGGAAAUGACGCAGGCAGUGGUGAUGUGCCUCGAGUACGCGUCCAUGCACCCAGCUGCUCAGACGGCGGGCGUCGCUCUAGUCAGCGAUUUCGAAGGUUGGUCCUUCGGCAAGAUGCGCUACUUCGACAUUGGUGUCACCAAGGAGUACCUGUAUUACCUGCAGAAUUGCGCGCCCCUCCUACCAAAUGAAGCUCACGUGAUUCGACAGCCAGCGGCCUUCAGCGUAUUGUUCGCGCUUAUGCGACCUUUCAUGAAAGACGAGACAAUUAAAUCGAUAACGUUCCACGGGAAGCACAUCGAUCAACUUUACGCCGACAUUCCUGCAACCAUGCUUCCCGCCGAGUACGGAGGCGCGGCAUCGAACACAGACUGGGACCUGUUCUGGACAAACAUAUGCAAGAAGCACACCGACCGCGAAGCUGGUCGACAGCUGUAGGAGUCAACUUAGCCUUAUGGAGAUAAUCUCUAUGCUAUGCUGUGAUUCUACAGGUGUACCACACGAUACCUGUUUUAAUCUCCGCGGACUGUUGUGGACGUGUUCGCCUUCCUCAGAGAGAAAACAAAAACUCACAGGGUCCCUUAUACAUUCGCCUAAGACGACUCGAAGGCGCAAGCCAUCUUGUUCUUUUUAGAUGCGAAGCAUCUCAUAGCGGAGUUCAAACCGGUGGUGGUGGUGGUGGCGGUGUGCGGCGUGACCACCCUUACUGCGCAUGCGCAUACCCUCUACACACACCUCCUCUCCACUCCCCCUCACCAGUCCCCCUCUCCACUUCCCCUCACCCCUCCCCCUCUGCACUUCCCCUCUCCACUUUUCUUGUGAAUCGAUUAUAUUGACGCCCCCGCAACGAACUAUUUCUACACCCAAUGUGGUUUUGCACAGCCUCCGGGAUCGCAGGCAGUGAAAGCUUUCUGCAUCUCACCUGGUUCUGCACUGCCUCCGGGAUCAACCCACCUUUGACCAGCGACGAUUUCAUGCGAUGACGUCAUCAUGUGACGGCCCUUU